AUGACGACCUACAUCCCAUCCCUGACGAUUCCCUCAGUUGUUCUCCAGCACUCCGCGGCAUCCGUGCUGCUCCCGAUAGCUCUAGGAACUGCUGUCGGGUUUGGAACGCGCCCGUCAAAAACCCAAAAAACGUACUUGGCCUUGAAGCAGCCGCCUCUGCGACCGCCACCUUGGGUAUUUGGUCCAGUAUGGACAGUCCUCUAUGGCGUAAUGGGCUACGCAUCCCACCGCAUCGCCACAAUCGGCCUCAGAUCAUCCGCCUCGCCCGCAAUCGUGGAAACGGCGCAGAACAGUCUAACUCUCUACACGGUGCAGCUUGGCCUCAAUCUAGCCUGGAUGCCACUCUUCUUUGUGGCUAAGCGCCCCGCCGAAGCAAGCAUCGACAUUGUCACACUCGUCGGAAUGAAUGCGUAUUUGGCAUAUCUUUGGAGCUCGAUUGAUGAGGUUGCUGCGUGGUGUCAGGUUCCGUAUCUAGGCUGGCUGGGCUUUGCAACGUAUUUGUGUGUUGGGGCAGGGUAUUUGAAUGGUUGGGACUUGCAUGAUAAGGAGGUGAAGAAGGAGUAA